CUUGCUUAUCUCAUCGGUUACUUUUAUUCAUUAUGCAUGUUUAGAAGCUUUACAAUUGUUAUGUCUCCAAUUUCAACAUGUUUUUUGGUUUCAACUCUUCUCGUCAUAACUUGUGAUCAGUUGAGUAAUGGUUAUACAAUUGUUAAUUAUGUCAACGGCAACAAAUUGUUCAGCUACCAACAACACCAGCAACAAUAGCAACUAUUUCAAUUCAAGUCAACACCAACCUCUAAAUGGAAGUAAACAAAAUUUAUCACUCAGUUUGUCUAACCAGUCGUCAUCCACUUCAUCUUCUACUUCCAAUAAUUAUGGACAGGCAAUUGCAAUCGGUAAAUUACAAGAUGCUGCUACAUCACCAACCAUUCCGAUUAUGUCUACUUUAUUUUAUGAUUGUCAAGUUGAUUCACCGCUAUUCUAUUCCAAUGCAACCGAUGGUAACAAUGAUAUUAACAACAACAAUAUCACUCCACCAUCAACAUCAACUUCAUUAGGAUGCUCAAGUCCAAUUCUUAACCGAACAUCACCUCAAUUUACCAACAAUGUAAAUAAUUGUAGCAGCAACAUUAAUAACGAUACAAACAACAAUAUCAUCAACAAAAAUACCAACAAUCAACGAUUGACAACUAGUAAUGGUGCAAUUAAAACCUUGGUAAUCAAAUCAAAUUGUCGACCAAGUGAUUUGGUCUGUAGCCUGAAAUCACCAAACACAUGCCUUGCUUGUUAUAACAGUUGUUCAACUUGUAAUAAUAAUGUAAAUAUCAAAUCAAUCAAUCAUGAUUAUAACAAUAAUAAUGGUAGCUGUAGAUUAAGUAGUAAUUAUAAUUCUAAUGCUAAAAGAUUAAAUGGAUCAGCAAAAGGAUUAAAUGGCCUUAAUGGGAUUAAUACAAGUUAUUUUCCUGCAAUAAACGGAUUGGGUUUCGCCAAUGGCUAUGGUGCUACAAGUUUAUCUAGCAAUAACGGCAGUGCCGGUGGUGUUGCUAGAAGUAACCUUAUACUCUCCGGAUUACCCAAUUUAACCACUCGUACAAAUGAUAUAACCAGUUCAACCCAUUCCUCUGGUAACUCCGCUCAUCCUUUGACCAGUAAUACCAGUAAUGGUCUAAUUGGUGGCACAACAGUCAAUCUUUCACCAACUGGAUAUGAUGAUUAUCAUUUAUCGUCACCCAGCAAUAACCGAAAUUAUGAUAAAUUUGACAAUUUCAAUUCCAAUAUUUUCAACGACCACUGCUCAGCAAUCAGUGCUCCUUUGUCACAAUACUAUCUAGAUGAACCAAGGCAUCACAGUUGUUUCCGUAAAUCUAUUCCAACCAUGCCUAUCGCUUUAUCAGCAUUCCUCUUGCUCCUCAACUGUUUCCUACCUGGAUCUGGCACAGUUUUAUCCUCAAUUACGAUACUUUUUGGUUGUCAAACUGAAUAUGGAAAAGGUAAAUGGAAACGAGCAUUUCUAUUAACCUUAAUUGCUGGUAUUCUUCAAUUUUUAACCGCAAUUUUUGUUAUUGGUUGGGUUUGGAGUAUCAUGACUGGAAUAAACUUUAUUAAACAUUCAACCAAAAUGAAGGAUCCAAAGUUUGGUUAUGGCGAUGCUAUUUGAUUCAAUUUUCAAUGCCAAUGUGAUUUACCGAGCCUUUGGAUUUCCUUCUCAGAUUAUUGAUUGUUUGAUCUACCCAGAUGAACCAAUCAUUUUAACCAAACGAUCGAUAUUUUUGGGUUCAAUUCGCAGCUAUAUUUAAAUGCUACCAAGACACCAGGAUGAUCAAGACCAAGCCAACAAUCAAGACUGGGGCUGUUUUUGAUAACCAAGACUUUUUUCAAAUAAAGUUGGACCAAAAUUGAUCAAUUAUGACCCAAGACGUAACCAAAGACUGAAUUGAGAUUAUAUCAAGCCUGGACUAAAUUAUGGUUUACAAUUAGACGAAAAAUUAACCUUAGUUGUAUACCAUUGUAUUAUAUUACCAGAUUUAACAUUAAUUUUAUUUCAAAGUAUGCUAACCGUGAGGAGAGCCUUAAAGACAUACACAGAGACACACAACACAAUCAAAUGAUUAUUUGAUUUACUACUAUUAAGCUCAAUGAGAACAAAUUCAUUUGUUUACUGUUGAUAAAUGAAAAUAUAAAUAAUUAUUUCUGAUCUAUUGUUACCUGACAUUGAUUAUAAUUUGCAUAAAAUUUUGUUUUUUUUUUGAUCAUACAAUCAUUUAUUUUUGAUCUGGUUAUGACAAAAUUAUUUUAUUCCCG